GCGGGACGGCUCUUUGACCAUGGUGGGACCAUCUUCUUCAGCAUCUUCAUGUCCCUGUGGGCAGUGCUGUUCCUGGAGUUCUGGAAGCAGAUCAACGCAUCCCUGGCUCAUCAGUGGGACCGCUCUGAGUCCGAGGACGUCGAGGAGCGGCCACGGCCCCAGUUCACUGCCAUGGCUCCCAUGACGAUAAUAAACCCUAUAACGGGGGCAGAGGAGCCAUAUUUCCCCAAGCGCAGCCGCCUCCACUGGAUUUUGGCGGGUUCAAUGACCACUAUAAUGAUGAUUGCCAUGGUGGUGAUGUUUGUGGUCUCCGUUACCCUCUACUGGGCAGUGGUCGCCAUCCUCCUCUCCAGCUCAGGGUACUUCUGGUUUGUGGCUUCGGCAUCCCGCAUCGCCAGCAUCACCGGCUCAGUGGUGAACCUCAUCUUCAUCCUCAUCCUCUCCAAGAUCUGUAUUUCCCUGGCUCAUUUCCUCACCAAGUGGGAGAUGCAUCGCACCCAGACCAAGCACGAGGACACUUUCACCUUCCAGUUUGUCACCUUCUACUCCUCUCCCGUUUACAUUGCCUUCUUCAAGGGCAAGUUUGUCAGCUACCCUGGGAACUACCUGAGUUUUCUGGGGGUCCGCAACGAGGAGCGCAGCCCGGGUGGGUGCUUCAUGGAGCUGGCACAGGAGCUGCUGGUCAUCAUGGUGGGGAAGCAGAUCUUCAACAACGUGGCCAUCCCGAAGCUGAAGUGCUGGUGGCACAAGAACAAGCUCCUCUCCACCAAGAAGGCGGGCGAGGAGGGGGGAGCUGGUCCUGGUGGAGCAGUGCCCUGGGUGAAGGACCGCCAGCUGCUGGUGUUCCAGGGGCUGUUUGACGAGUACCUGGAGAUGGUCCUGCAGUUCGGCUUCAUCACCAUCUUUGUGGCAGCCUGUCCCCUGGCACCCCUCUUUGCCCUGCUCAACAACUGGGUGGAGAUCUGCCUGGAUGCCCACAAGUUCGUCUGUGACUACCGGCGGCCCGUGGCUGAGCGGGCGCAGGGCAUCGGCAUCUGGCUCUCCAUCCUGGAGGCCAUCGCUCACCUGGCUGUCAUCAGCAAUGCCUUCCUCAUCGCCUUCACCUCUGAUUUCCUGCCCCGCGUGUACUACGAGUACGUCCACGACAGCAGCCUGCGCGGCUAUGUGAACUUCACCUUGGCAUAUGCACCGUGGGACUUUGUCCUGCAGAGCAACACCACGUGCCCGUGGGAGCCCCCCUCCCGCCUCGUCCGGCUUCUCUCCUUGUUUGCUUAG